AUGCGACCACUCACACCAGCUUUGGCUAAAAUAGCUAAGGAGGAACUAAAUGAAACACCAGAACGUGUAGAACAGGAUUUGUUCAUAUUAAGAGUUUGGAUACGCCAGCAAAUACAUCUGAGAGCCCGUACUUCUGAUGAGUUUUUGAUUGCAUUUCUCAGACGCUGCAAUUUUAGUUUGGAAGAAACUAAAAAACGUAUAGAACUCUUUUUCCAUUUUUACAAUUUGAUGCCAGAAAUUUUUUAUAAUCGUCUUGUUACAGAACGCCUUCUAAAUAUGAAUAAAACUGGCAUAUAUUUCUAUCCAGAAUAUCCGAAAUGUGACAAUCAAUCUGCUUUACUUAUAAUACGUAUUGGACAAUUUUCUUGGAAAUGGCAUACACAGCGAGAACUAGUCAGAUUCGUAACAAUGGCUAUGGAAAUUAUUGCUCUGGAAAACGAUAAUGCAAGUGUGGCUGGUGUUACGGAAAUAAUCGAUUUGGAUGAUUGCCUUCCAUUACGCAUAAAAGAUAUUUUUGUUAUAAAUCCCAGUAAAGAAGUGCUUCGUAUGUUUUUAUUUCAACAGUUUCUACAGCGUGCAUCUAAUUAUCCGAUCAUUGUUUUAAAAACAACUGAAGAACUUUAUAAACAUGUUCCGAGGAAAUGCCUUCCAGAAGAAUAUGGUGGUUAUAACGGUCAUAUUGCAGAAUGUGUUGGUUAUAUGGAAGACUCACUGAGAAGUUACAAAAGCUAUUUCGAAGAAGAUAGUCUUUAUGGUGUCAACGAAAGUUUGCGUAGGGGAGAAGUUCCACUUUACGAAGCUGAAUUUGGUCUUGCGGGCACUUUCCGUAAAUUUAAAAUUGAUUAA